UGCGACUGUCUUCGGUUUGUGUAUCGGCUGCUGAGCUAACAGCUGCACCAAUUGUGUUUUGGUUUUGUUUUGUCUCCCAUGUGCAGUUAUUAUGAGGUAAGACAUACAAAUGCGUUGGCUUUUUUUCUUUUUUUUUUUGAUCCUGUCCGCUCAGCUAUCGUUGGCAGUUCAAAAGGCAGCUUUACCCCAAACUGUGGUAGCCUGUUAGCUAACAGCUAGUUAGAAGAUCAGCGCCUAAUGUAUGCGGAAUGCGCAACCGUUGCGGAUGUGGUGCAGAAAAAAAUGCGCAUCGAUGCGACAGAAUACAGCAGUCAUCGACAGUAAUAAAAACGGACAGACUGUUAUAAAAUGCUACACAGUUGUAAACAGUGUUAUGUUUUGUUGUUUUAUUUCAGCUCUCGAGGCGGUUCUCCGCCUUGAAGGUGCAUCUCACUGUAUGACAACUGGACGUUUCGAUGUAGCUCUUAGUCUGCUCCAGGUGUUCUUACACCGUGUAUUUAUGUUUUCACUAACAUAUUAGAAUAAAUGAAAGUGAUAGAAAUGGAUUUAAGUGGCUGUAGCUAGCCAUAAAGGUCUAUGGACUUUAUGCUCUACUUAGACAAUAUGGUAGUAUCUCUCACUAAGCAGCAACAAUGUCUUGAUUCAAUUGAAUAUUACUGGUAAAAAUCAGUAUUUAAGGGUGCUGUAACUCCAUAUUUCCUCAUAAAUCCGUGUGGGUGGCAGCUGUAGUCAAAGUAGGUUCAUAAUCAUCGCAUACAGUAUACUGAAGAGUUGUAAUGUCUCUAGCAGGAGGUUCAGUUACACCUUGAACUCGUGUUAAUGGGGCAGCCGCUGCCAGUAUCAGAAUUGGCCCACCAGUCAGUUCUGCUGUAAAUCAGGUCUGACCCAUGACUGAGUACUACGAGGAAGGGGGGCUGCUGUACGAGCAAUCACCUCCCAUGCACAUCAAAGUGGAGUCUCCGGAGGGACCCUUUGGAGGGGGAGCCUCAGAAAACGGCUUCCCCAGGGAGGAUGAUGACUCGGAGGGUAGCUGUGACCAGAGCAGUGGAUUACCUGGGGGACUCCCCUUCAACGUGGUAGUGGUGCAUCCCAACAUCAUGGCACCCGGCAUGUCCUCGGAUGAACUCUUGUCCAUUGAACAAAACAGAGCUAUGUCAGCUGCGCUGGCUGCUAGCAGUGCAGGAAAAAGAAAGAGUCGUUUCAGUGGAGCAGAGCUGGAGGUGUUGGUGUCAGAAGUCACUCGGUGUGAAGGAGAGCUUUUUGGUCCCGCGGGGAGGCUCCGGCGGCGGGAGAGAGAGCGCAUCUGGGCAGGAAUCCUAGAGAGAGUCAAUGCUGUGUCCAGAGUCCCGCGCACCCUUCGCGAGGUAAAAAAGCGCUGGGACGAUUUGAAGAGACGCAACGGAGGCAGGCUAGCGGAUGCUCGCCACCGCAGCUGUUACCUGCCGUCCAGCAGAGGAGCCUCAAUGCUUGGCCGUCCUUCCCAGACUAGCCCCAGACUUUCACAGGCCAGGCAAAAGCAAAGCACCAGACCAAAGCCCAGUUUCCCAUGCUUCCCUGACUCUGAUACAGGUGUGGGAGUGGAAGGAUCAGAGAGAGAUGGUUUCGAGAAAGAUGAGGACAAUCCUGAGCAAGACAGAGAGAUGGGAGAAUCUGAGUGUGAACCCGGAGAGAACAGCAUGGAAGAUAAAUUGGGAUUAGGACUGGGUCUGGGCAUAGGACCACACCCUCCAUCAGAACGAUGGCUGCCUCCUUCCCCCCUCUACAGUGCUCCUUUCCUCAAUGGCAGCCCCCAGCCCAGUAGUCCUCAGCCUUCACUUGGAGCACACCAGGGUCCUCUUGAAGCCCCUGUGCGCACAUCCUGGCUUGAAGAUGAGCUACGAGGGUUAGGGGAGGCAGCAAUUCAACUGGGAAACCGAGUAGAAAGGAGUCUGCAGGAGUUUGGAGACGGUUUCAGGCAGGACAUGAGAACACUUGUCGCUUCGCAAGAGACAUUAGCAUCCAGUCUACAACAAAACAAUGUUCUCUUGCAAAGGCUGUUGGGAGUGCUUGAGGCCCAGCAACAACCACAGCAACAUCGUGUACAACAAGCACACCAAUCACAAACAUCUCAACAGCACUUACAGCCAGCUCAGCAGCUACAACACACAGAACCACUGCAGCAGCUACAACACACAGAACCACUGCAGCAGCAGCAGCAACAUCAGAGGAUUGAAGCACCACUGCAAACACAAAAUCAGCAUCAGCAACAUGUAGUACAACAACAGCACGAAACACAAAUACAGCAGCAGCCACAAGUCACACAGCAUUCGAAUAAUCAGUCAGCUGUGGCAGUGGUUCCUGCACCAUCGUCCCCGAACAUACAUGGCACUUGUCCCUCUGAACCGCCCACCAACACAAAUGGAAGUGUGCAGAGGCCUCGGCGGGGGAGAGCUGUCGAUCACAGGCGCAGGAGACGGCGCUGA